GGCUCGGCGGGCGGGAUGGCGGCCGCGGCCCGGGGGGGCUGCCGCGCGUCGGCGCCGCGGCUGCUCCUGCUCCUGCUGGUUCCGCUGCUCUGGGCCGGGGUCCGGGCCGGCCCCGACGAAGACCUCAGCCACCGGAACAAAGAACCGCCGGCGCCGGCCCAGCAGCUGCAGCCGGCGGCCGUGCAGGGCCCCGAGCCGGCGCGGGCCGAGAAAGGAUUAACGCCACCAGCCCCAGUCCACACCAGUAAAGAAGAUCCAGCUGCUCAAACUAACUUGGGGUUUAUCCAUGCAUUUGUUGCCGCCAUAUCGGUUAUCAUUGUAUCUGAACUGGGUGAUAAAACGUUUUUUAUAGCAGCCAUCAUGGCGAUGCGCUAUAACCGUUUGACCGUGUUGGCUGGCGCCAUGCUUGCCUUGGGCCUGAUGACGUGCUUGUCAGUUUUGUUUGGCUAUGCCACCACAGUCAUCCCCAGGGUGUAUACAUACUAUGUUUCAACUGCAUUAUUUGCCAUUUUUGGCAUUAGAAUGCUUCGGGAAGGCUUAAAGAUGAGCCCUGAUGAGGGUCAAGAGGAACUGGAAGAAGUUCAAGCAGAAUUAAAGAAGAAAGAUGAAGAAUUUCAACGAACCAAACUCUUAAAUGGACCAGGAGAUGUUGAAACGGGUACAAGCACGACGAUACCUCAGAAAAAGUGGCUGCAUUUUAUUUCACCGAUUUUUGUUCAAGCACUGACGUUAACAUUCUUAGCAGAAUGGGGUGAUCGCUCUCAACUAACUACAAUUGUUUUGGCAGCUAGAGAGGACCCCUAUGGCGUGGCAGUCGGUGGGACCGUGGGACACUGCGUAUGCACUGGACUGGCAGUCAUUGGAGGAAGAAUGAUAGCACAGAAAAUCUCCGUCAGAACUGAUAUUUGUGAAGAUGGAAAAUACUUGAAGGGGUUGGGGCAGGAGAAUGUCAUCUGAGUAACUCUUUCUGGGCCAUCCCCUUCCUCCCUUGAUGUCAGAGAGGAAGCGUGUGCUACUGUGGUUGAGCCUUGGAAGGAUCAGUCAAACUGUCAGUCCUGUGCCGACUGAGUUGCUGCUGUGGCUGAGACUGGUGCUGCUGGUGAUGUGACUGAGGGAAAGUGCUCUGUUGCAGAGGAAACGCAGCAGACAGGAUGAGCUGAGCUGAAGGAUUCCCAUGGAGCAACCUAGAAGUCUGAAAAACAAAUGGAUUAUGCAAUACUUCUUUGCCCCAUUAUACUGUCCACAUAAGAGUUACUCAAGUUGUCCACUGUCUAUAGGGACAGGAUCCCGAAAUUCUACAUGACCCACGUGAUUUUUGUUCUCUACUUUAAAAAUCAUAUUUUGGAAAAUGUUUAUGAGGCUUUCCUUCUUUCUGGAAGUAUGACAGGAUUUUAUUUAAGGAAUCUGAACUAGAGGUUUUAUGGUAUAGGAAGCAAUCUAUGUCUUAAGACAAACCACAUGUGUUCUUUCGCUUUAUGUCCUACAGACCUGUAUUUUAAACAGAAUAAAACUUGAGCACAGCUACAUAAAACAUGAAUGCUGGGGCCAAAUGGAAAAUGCCUUUGCACACUGGUUUGCUCGGCUAGUUAGAGCAGCACAGUUAAGGGGCCCGGUGUGGGCUCUGAGGGGGGCGGUGUGGCUCAAACUCGGGCUGCCCCACUUACUAGAUGUGUCAUUCGCUCAAGCUCUUCACUUCUUUGGGCCUCAGUUUCUUUAUUCCUAUAUAGGAAUAAAGUCUACCAAGUUGGGUUUUUGUCAAGAUUAGUUGUUAAUAUUAUUAAUUAAAAGCACCAUAAAAAUGAGGGCAAAGUUGGAACCUUGGCUGGGCGCGGUGGCUCACGCCUGUAAUCCUAGCACUCUGGGAGGCCGAG